AUGACGACGACUAUGAGUGCUCCUGCUGUGGUGGAGAAGAGGUGGGAAGUGGUGGCGGAGGAGGUGGUGGUGGGGCCGACGACCACGCUGGCGAGCGCGUGGCGGGAGGUGCAGGGCGCCGGCGACUGGCGGGGCAUGGUGGAGCCGCUCCACCCGCUGCUCAGGGACGAGGUGGUGCGGUACGGGGAGCUCGUCGCCGCGUGCUACCGCGCGUUCGACCUCGACCCGUCGUCGAAGCGGUACCUCAACUGCAAGCACGGCAAGAAGCAGAUGCUGCCGGCCGUCGGCAUGGCUGGCGCCAGGUACACGGUGACCAAGUACAUCUACGCAGCCCCCGACGUCGCGCUGCCCUUCGGCGUCGGCAGCUGCUCCUGCGCCGCCAAGAGCCGGUGGAUCGGCUACGUCGCCGUCGCGUCCAGCCGCGAGGCCCGCCGGCUCGGCCGCCGCGACAUCCUCGUCUCCUUCCGCGGCACGGUUACCGGCUCGGAGUGGCUGGCCAACUUCAUGAGCGCGCUCGCGCCGGCGCGGUUCGACCCGGCCGACCCACGCCCCGACGUGCGCGUCGAGUCCGGGUUCCUCUCCCUCUACACCUCCGACGACCUCUCCGGCAAGUUCACCUGCGGGAGCUGCCGGAACCAGCUCCUCUCCGAGGUUACACGCCUCAUGAGCAAGUACAAGGACGACGACGUCAGCAUCACCCUCGCCGGGCACAGCAUGGGCAGCUCGCUGGCGAUCCUCCUCGGCUACGACCUCGCCGAGCUGGGGCUCAACCGCGACGCCCGCGGCGGCGCCGUCCCGAUCACCGUCUUCUCCUUCGGCGGCCCGCGCGUCGGCAACCUGGAGUUCAAGAACCGGUGCGACGAACUCGGCGUGAAGGUCCUCCGCGUGGCGAACGCCCGCGAUCCGGUGACGAAGAUGCCCGGCGUCGUCUUCAACGAGCGCGCUAGGGUUCUCGGCGGACGGUUCGAGCUGCCCUGGAGCAAGACAUGCUACACGCACGUCGGCGUCGAGGUCGCUCUCGACUUCUUCAAGGCCAGCGACGUCGCCUGCGUGCACGACCUCGAUGCCUACAUCAAUCACCUCCUCAAAAGCUACCCUAGAUAUGACGACGACGACCACGACGUCGGCGACGACGACGUCGCUACCCUAGGUGUAAGCGGCAGCGCAGCUGGUGCGCCGUCGCUGCCAACGACCAUGGAGUCGUGGAGGUGGCAGAUGGCGGCCAUGUGUGCGGCCGAGUUGCUGCAGGCGCUAGGGAUUUAA